CAAUGCCAUUACAAAAUAGUACUCCGAUGGAGACUGAAUUUACUACUAUAUCGGUGUCCUGAUUCAGUCAGAAUUCUUCCUUGGGAGAGAGAUUCUUCUGUCUCCUUUUUUUCCUUUCUAAUAAUACCCACAAUCCAAUCUCCCAAUUAUGUUGUUCAGAACCUAUAGCCCCUGGCUUCAGUAGGGCAAGGGCCAGACGGUGGAGCUCUACUUGUGAGUUUGUCCAAGAAGAUAUGAGGAAUGCUUCAGAUUUUUCUUGCUCCCCAUCAUCUUCAUCAAACCCAGAGUCUUACGUUGGACCUGGUGAUGCAGCUAUUAAAUCUGACCAGACCAUCCCAGGUUGCAUGCCAAAGAUGCCCUGUAACUGUAAAUCUGAGUCAAAUAUGUGGCCACACCUCCAACCCACUUGUGGACACCAGAAAGACUUUUCGCAUGAACAGCUAAAUGCCUUAGAGCUUGAAACUUUGAGUGCGAACUGUUUUGAUGAAAUUGUCAAGUUUGGGGUACCAAAGAAUAAGGACAUGGGGGAGUUCUGGCAUAUCGAUGAUCAAUUGAUGAAUUUAGACUCUUUUGAUUUGACCUGUGAAGAACCCAAGAAGCUUGGUUCUGAAUUGGAGUCCCAUUGGAUUGGAGCUGAGAAGACUGGACCUUGGUGGCGAAAAGCUGGUAAAGAUGAGUUAGCUUCCUUGGUUUUUCUCAAGUCACUUGAGAAUGUUGAAAACUGUGAUCUUCCACCCCAGACCGAGAAAUUUGGGAGGGCAGCAUCAGCUCGUCCCCACUGUUUUUACCACAGAAAGAAUGUGGAUUCAUUUUUAGAUCAAGUGGCUGACAAAGGGAUCUCCAAUUUGGCUUACUAUGCGCAGGUAAGCCCCAAUUCAGGAAGCAUGGAUGAAACACACUGCACUCUGAGCGAUUUUGGUGGUUUACCUCUUGGGCUAGACGACCCAUUCAGGCCCACCUCCUUUAGCAACAGUGAUCCUAACAAAACCAAUAUGGAUAAGAGAGAAACUCCUCAACAACCUGGUGCUGACCUCAGUAAAGACGAGCUCUUAGAAGCACUCUGCCAUUCUCAAACCCGAGCAAGGGAGGCCGAGAAAGCGGCACAAGAAGCAUCCAAUGAGAAGGAUCAUAUUGUCAAGCUCUUUUUCAGGCAAGCAUCUCACCUAUUUGCUUACAGGCAGUGGUUCCAAAUACUGCAGCUGGAGAACUUCUGCCUCCAGCUUAAGAAUCACAACCACCUGACCUCUGUACAGUUCCCCGGUUUCUUACCGUGGGCCCCUUUCAAACGAAGACGAUCAAGGAAGGGUAGACACAAGGCUGCAAAGCGGAAGGGGCCGAAGGGCAGUCCACCUGGGCAUAAAAUAUCCAAGUGUGUUGUUGCUUUUGCAGUGGGAUUGAGUCUUGCUGGUGCAGGGUUGUUCCUUGGUUGGACCAUGGGGUGGUUCUUUCCUUCUCUUUAACAUCGGUGAUUAUGAAAUUAUCGAGGGAUUUAUCAAGGGGGAGGAAAGGAUAAAAGAAGAUAUGAGCAGAUGAUGGAAGUGAAGAUGUUGAAUUUAUUCUUGGGUUUCCCUAUCUUUUCCCUUUCCCUCGGUAAAUCUCGUCUUGUUUUCAUUUCUCUGGGUAACUUUCUUCGCAAAUUGUAGUCCAGACACAGCCUACCUGGUCUUGUUUGGUCUGUUAUCCUUGUUGGGACUUGGGAUUGGAUAUGAUCUUAGCUCUGUAAAUUCAGCUACUAGGGUAAGUUCGUAGAUUGCUGGUGCUUUCGUCUUGACUCUUGUGUGAUUGUGCAUGCACGGCGUAUAUUUAUCUAUCUUGUACUGCGAAAACUUGGAACUUUCUUUCUGCAAAGGUGUUGAUGAGUUGUUUAGUGUAUAAUCUUUCCAA